AACACACAUAAGAGAUCUGUUCGCAAAAAAUGUAUGUGUGUAUGUAUAUACGCAGGGCAUUUGAUUCCCCAAUCAGUAUUCAUAUGAGAAUGAGGAACUAAAUUUAAGAGAAGUUGGAAGACGAGUUUUUUACGAAAGUAACACACGUAAGAGAUCUAUUCGCAACAGAGCGUGUGAAAGACCUCAUAUACUACUUAUAUCCCACUUUAAACUCAGUUUUCAUCGGACUCUGCAGGUGAAAUGUUGUUACUGGCGCUGAUCGUCAUAUUACUUUCUCUGAUCGUCUUCGCGGCGCGCCGACGUCAUGGAUACUGGCGGGGAAGGGGCAUUCCGCACGACGAGGCACACCCUCUUUUCGGAAACAUCAAGGACUGGCCCAAUAGGCGCCACAUUGCCGAGAUCUUUCGGGACUAUUACUUCAAAUACAAGAACUCUAAUUACCCAUUUGCUGGAUUCUUCUUCUUUUUCACCCGCACUGCUGUGGUCACCGACUUGGAGUUGGUAAAGAGGGUGAUGAUCAAGGACUUCAAUCACUUUGAGAAUCGGGGAGUCUUCUACAAUGAGAUCGACGAUCCACUUUCGGCCACUCUGUUCAGCAUCGAGGGUCAGAAGUGGCGUCAUCUCAGGCACAAGCUGACACCCACCUUUACGUCCGGCAAAAUGAAGAACAUGUUUCCGAUCGUUGUGAAAGUUGGAGAAGAAAUGGAUAAGGUCUUCAGUGGUAAAACCGCUGCGGGUCAAGCUCAAGUUCUGGAGGUUGUGGAUCUGGUGGCACGGUACACCGCCGAUGUGAUCGGCAACUGCGCAUUCGGACUCAAUUGCAACAGUUUGUACGAUCCAAAGGCGGAAUUUGUGGCAAUUGGCAAGCGGGCGAUCACCGAGCAUCGCUACGGGAAUAUGCUGGAUAUAUUCCUGUUUGGAUUUCCGAAGUUGUCGCGCCGCUUACGCUUGAAGCUAAACAUCCAGGAGGCAGAGGACUUCUACACUAGGAUCGUGAGGGAGACCAUUGACUACCGUCUGAGGACGAAGGAGAAGCGAAAUGAUUUCAUGGACAGUCUGAUCGAGAUGUAUAAGAAUGAGCAGUCGGGAAAUUCGGCGGAUGGCCUGACCUUUAACGAGCUCCUCGCUCAGGCUUUCAUAUUUUUUGUGGCUGGGUUCGAGACGAGCUCCACGACCAUGGGAUUCGCUCUAUAUGAGCUGGCCAGGAACCAGGAUGUUCAGGAUAAACUCAGACAGGAGAUUAACACUGUGCUCGGCAAACACAAGAACGAGUUCACCUACGAGGGAAUCAAAGAGAUGAAAUACCUGGAGCAGGUUGUGAUGGAAACCCUACGGAAGUACCCAGUACUGGCACAUCUUACAAGAAUGACUGAGACCGACUUUUCGCCUGAAGAUCCGAAAUACUUUAUUGCCAAGGGAACUAUUGUUGUGAUCCCAGCCUUGGGCAUUCACUAUGACCCGGAAAUAUAUCCGGAACCGGAGCUAUUUAAGCCAGAACGCUUUACUGACGAGGAAAUCGCAGCGAGACCCUCGUGCACUUGGCUGCCAUUUGGGGAAGGUCCUCGGAACUGCAUUGGUCUGCGAUUUGGAAUGAUGCAAACCUGCGUGGGAUUGGCCUACCUCAUCCGGGGUUAUAAGUUCAGCGUGUCCCCGGAAACCCAAGUACCCAUGAAGAUUGCCGUUAAGAACAUUCUGAUAUCGGCCGAGAAUGGUAUCCAUCUUAGCGUGGAGAAGCUUGCCAAAUAGGAUUUCUAGCAUAACAUGUAUAUUAAAAGUACAUAUUAUUAUUGUUAUUAAUUAAUAAUACAUAUCAUUAUUAAUAUUAGUAAUUUCUUAAUUGAGUACGUCACUGUAGUAACGAAAACAUUUGUGUAGUAAACUUAUCUUGAC